UCCUCUCUCUAUAUAUACUCCAACUUCUCUGACUCCUUAGUUUCCUCCUAUUUCCACUCAUCACAAAACCACUUAACCGUUUUUUUACUCACUAUGGGAGAGAAAAACAAUGGAAACAAGAAAAGUGGAGAUAAGGAAAAGAAGGAAAAUGGUCCCUUAACCGUUGUUUUCAAAGUUGAUUGUCUUUGUGAAGGUUGUUCUUCCAAAAUCCUUAAAUGUGUUCGCGAAUUAGAAGGGGUGGAGACAGUGAAAACGGAGAGCAACACAAACAAAGUGACAGUGAUAGGAGCUGUGGAUCCAACAGCCAUUAAAGACAACAUUGCCAAGAAGUCUAAGAAGAAGGUUGAUUUCGUUGCUCCUCAACCUAAGAAAGAUGAUAACAUAGAAGAGAAAAAGGAGAAAAAAUCUGACAAAGACAAAAACCAGGGCUCUGGUAAUAAACAAGAUAAAAAACCCAAAGAGGCCGCGUUAACGACGGCGGAUUUGAAGGUGCAAUUGAAAUGCCAGUGCCAGGGAUGCAUUCUAAAGAUUCGCAAAAUUGUCUCCGAAACCAAAGGUGUGCAUGAGUUAAAAGUAGACACGCAGAAGGAGAUGCUCACGGUUAAGGGAACUAUGGAUGUUAAGGCCCUGGCUGAGGCUCUGAAAGACAAACUUAAGAAGAACGUGGAGAUUGUUCCACCCAAGAAAGAGAAAGAUAACAACAAGGAGGGUGGAAAGACUGGUGCUGGUAGUGAUGGUGGUAACAGCGGCGGUGGAGGUAGCGGUGUCGGCGGGAAGAAGAAGAACAAAGGUGGCAAUGCCAGUGUAGAUGGUGGAAAUGAUGAUAAUGCUAAUGGUAAUGCUAAUGCUAAUGCUGGUACUGCUGAUUGUGGUGGUGGAAAGAAUAAGAAGGAAGGCAAAAGGACGGAGUUUAUGGUCCAACCUGAAUAUGGAUAUGGAUACACGCCUGGUUACCCUGGAUACAUGCCAAGUUAUCCUGGAUAUGGGCAACCGGGUUAUGGGUACUGUUACGGGCACCCACACCCGCAUGGAUAUGGGCAUCAUUACCCGGGCUACGUGCCCAACUAUCCAGUUUUUGUUCAACCACCUCACCAGAUGUUUAAUGAUGAGAAUCCUAAUGAUUGUUCCAUCUUGUGAGGAGAAUCCUAGUCCACCUUUGGCUGUUCCUUCAUUCGCCACCAACAGGAAAUGGGAUGGUAAAGUGUAAAUAAGAACGGAGAAGAGAAUUGGAAAUGAAAAUGAAAAUUUUGGGUUAAACUUGGGGCUCCGAAGCUUGUUUGGGUUUCUU